AUGUCUCUCCAUAAUAAUUUGACAAGAUGUCUUGUCAUUUUCUGCUUGAUCUUGAACCUUACUCAAGCGAAUUUUCUGCUCGCAUUCGAAGGUUCUGUUGGGACAGGCACAUGUGGCUUCAAAGAUGGUGUUCCAAAGGACCAAGCACUCAUUGGAAAGGCAACUUCAUUAUUCGAAUCUCUAGUUGGUGACCUGUACUUUUACGAUACCUCAAACUUUCGUAUAAUGAAAGUUUCACAACAAGACAAUCUUGUUUCCUCCAUCAUUGGCAAUGGAAAGCUUGGUUAUACAGAAGAUCAUUGUCAAGCAGAUAAAUGUGGUCUCACAUUCGUGGAUGGAAUCUCACUAGUUUCAGAUAAAAUCUUUUAUUUUGAUAGAAUUAUAACACCAACGAGUAGUACAAGAAUUCUGAGAGUGGUUGGAUCUUCUGGUGUAGUGAAUACUAUUUGGCAAGUUGACUAUUGGUUUCCAACAAUGAAUGACAAUGAAAAGAGGACGUUUGUAGUGAGUGAUGAUGGAAAGUAUUUAUUCUUUAAUCAUGAUAAGUUUAUUUGGAAGAUUAAUUUGGCAAGUAUGAAGAUGGAGCUGUUUUAUACUGAGCCUUUAUCUAACAAGAUUACAACGUUUACAAUUUCAAGUAGUGGAUUGAUUUAUUCAACUUUCAAAAAUCAGUUUAGUUUCUUAUAUAGAAGUUUCAAUAUGGAUCCAUCAUCUGCCAUUCUACUUACGAGUACAUCUAACAACAAUGAUGCCUAUCAAAUCAACAAGGAUUUGGGAUUUGUUUCUCUUCCCAAAUCAAUUUAUUGCUCUAACUGUAUAUUUAGUUCAAUUCAAACUUAUGGAAAUACUUUCAAUUUCACGUUUAGUUUGAAUUUUCAAGCUGUAUACGCAGGAAUAGCAGAUCAAUAUCUAGUCCUAUUGAGAAACAAAUAUUCCAAUAAUAGAAUUGAAUUCUCCAAUCUUGAUAAUGGUUUCUUUUUCAUUAUUGAUGAUUGUAAGAUUACAAAAUCAGAUUACACUUCCCUUAAUCAAGGUUGCACUGCCAGUUGCUCCAAUCAAGGAACCUGUGUUGGACAAAUUUGCAGUUGCAAUGAUGGAUGGUUGGGUGAUUCAAUUUGUUCCAAAUUUACAUGUGAAAAAGUUGAUGGUUGUGGCUUGAAUGGACAUUGCAUUGGACCUAAUCAGUGCGAAUGUAAGAAGGGAUGGUCUGGUCCUAGUUGCAACGAUUUUGAUUGUUCGAUGGCUAAGAAUUGCAGUGGUCAUGGCAAGUGUAUUGGUUCAAAUUAUUGUGAAUGUCAAUCGGGAUGGCAAGGUUCUGACGAUUGCUCUCAAUUUUCAUGUGAAAAGAUUACGUGUCAGAAUAAUGGACAAUGUAAUGGUCCUAAUCAAUGUGAAUGUCCAUCUGGUUACAAGGGAUCUCCUGAUUGCUCAACAGUUUCUUGUGAACUAGUUGGAAAUUGCAAUUCACAUGGAUCUUGUGUCGCUCCAAAUACUUGUAAAUGUAAGGAGGGAUGGAGUGGUAAUGACUGCUCUCAAUUUACAUGUUCUCCAUCGUGUCAGAAUGGAGGAGUGUGUACAGCUCCUAAUCAAUGUAAUUGUCCAUCUGGAUAUAGAGGUAGUUUAGAUUGUUCGAAACCUUCUUGUGAAGAUCAGGGAAAUUGUUAUCUGAACGGAGAAUGUGUUGGUCCAAAUACUUGUAAAUGUAAUGUUGGUUGGCUUGGAUCUAAUUGUAAAGAUCCAGAUUGUCAAUUAUCAUGCAAUAAUAGAGGAAAAUGUUCGAAACCAUACGAAUGUGAAUGUGAAGACGGAUGGAAAGGAAUCAAUUUGCUAAUCACCAUGGCUCAUGUAUUGGUCCAAAUAUUUGUAAAUGUAACGAAGGAUGGAAAGGAUUUCAAUGUGAUAUUCCAACUUGUGAAUUGGUUAGAAAUUGUUCGAAUGUUGGCAGUUGUGUAUCUGCCAAUACGUGCUCCUGUCCUUCAAAAAAGUAUGGAUCUAGCUGUCAAUUCGAUUUCGAUUGUUUUGGUUUGGCACCUGACAAUCCAAGUGUUUGUGAAAGUAGAGGAACAUGUGUAG